AUGGGCUCCUUCCCUGUUUCUCUACCCCGGCCUCCACCAGCCUCGGGCUCCCACCGGCCUCGGCCCCCACCGGCCUCGGCCCCCACCGGCCUCGGGCUCCCACCGGCCUCGGCCCCCUCCGGCCUCGGGCCCCCUCCGGCCUUGGGCCCCCACCGGCCUCGGCCCCCACCGGCCUCGGGCCCCCACCGGCCUCGGGCCCCCUCCGGCCUUGGGCCCCCACCGGCCUCGGCCCCCACCGGCCUCGGGCUCCCACUGGCCUCAGCCCCCACCGGCCUCAGCCCCCACCGGCCUCGGCCCCCACUGGCCUCCUGCCCCCCCCACCCCGACAGCCUCCCGUUCUCCCUGCCCCCCCGCCCCCGACAGCUUAAAACAAUAACUGGGAAGGAGGACAGUGGCCCCCGGUCCCCGCCCAAGCAUGGCCCAUCUGGUCGCCUUCACCGGGCUUCUGACUUUGUGCUCCGGGGUCAAGCAGGGAGAGCCAGUCCUUGUCCACCCUCCCUGCCCCCACCUCUGGUCCCCUCUUUUCCAGAACGAGCCUCCGCUAGUGGAUCAGCGCCCACUCCUGCCGUACCACGACGUAUUCCCGGCUCUGCUCGUUCCGCUCAGCAUCGGGCCCGCGACUCUUUCCGGGUUCCUAAAACCGGCUUCAGCUUUUUUGUGGAACAAAAAUAUUCCCGGAGCCCCACGUGCCACAGCUCGUCCGGGCGCCCUCCCGCUGAUGGCCCAACGCUGGGUAACGGUUCCUUGCCGCCCCCAGAGCUGCCGACGCCUGUGGGGGACCUUUCCUGCUCUGUGGUUUCCUCGGGAUGCAGCCCCGGCCCAGCCGGCUCCAAGGGUCUGCAGUCCCUGCGUCCUCCCGGGAGAUUCCAGAUUAAAGCCAGUGCUCUUGGUGCUGCUGUUGGUCACGACGCACAGGAGCACAGCCGGAGCCGGGAGAAGCGGAGCAGGCAGACAGCGUCAGAGAAGGACAAGGCGGUGAUCGCCAUUCACACCCGGGCCAGAAGGGAGAGCUCAGCCCAGAGCACAGAACAAAACCUGAGGCCGGGCGAGCCAUGGGCUGGGGAAGGCACAGGUGCCCAUCGCACCCCGGGGUGUCAGGUCCAGGCGGCAGCCGCUGCCUCCCUGGGGGCCAGCUCCAUGCCCGGGGGCCAGCUCCGUGUCCCUGGAGACCAGCUCCGUGCCCAGGGGACCAGUUCCGUGUCUGGGGGGACCAGCUCCGUGCCCGGGGGGACCAGCUCCAUGCCCUGGGGACCAGCUCCGUGUCUGGGGGGACCAGCUCCGUGUCUGGGGGGACCAGCUCCGUGUCCGGGGGGCCAGCUCUGUGCCCGGGGGGACCAGCUCUGUGCCCGGGGGGACCAGCUCCGUGUCCGGGGGGCCAGCUCCGUGCCCAGGGGGCCAGCUCCGUGCCCGGGGGGACCAGCUCCGUGUCCGGGGGGCCAGCUCCAUGUCCCUGGGGACCAGCUCCGUGCCCAGGGGACCAGUUCCGUGUCUGGGGGGGGCCAGCUCCGUGUCUGGGGGGCCAGCUCUGUGCCCGGGGGGACCAGCUCCGUGUCCGGGGGGCCAGCUCCGUGUCCGGGGGGCCAGCUCCGUGUCCCUGGGGACCAGCUCCGUGCCCAGGGGACCAGUUCCGUGUCUGGGGGGGGCCAGCUCCGUGUCUGGGGGGCCAGCUCCAUGUCCCUGGGGACCAGCUCCGUGCCCGGGGGGACCAGCUCCGUGCCCGGGGGGACCAGCUCCAUGCCCUGGGGACCAGCUCCGUGUCUGGGGGGGCCAGCUCCGUGUCUGGGGGGCCAGCUCCGUGCCCGGGGGGACCAGCUCCGUGCCCGGGGGGACCAGCUCCGUGUCUGGGGGGGCCAGCUCCGUGUCUGGGGGGGGCCAGCUCCGUGUCUGGGGGGGCCAGCUCCGUGUCUGGGGGGGGGGGCAGGAGUCUCCUUCACUAUCUCCAGGAGCUCAGAAGCCCGAGCCGGCCCCCCGAGGGCCGUCCACAAGCGGAAGGCUUUAGGGCCCCCUCGUUCUCCAGCCCAGAGAGGACAGGACGCUUCCCCAGAACGGCCGGUCGGCAGCCCAGGACUCUGGUCCCUCUGGAGCCCCAGGGAGCUCCUCUGGGGCCGGCGGGUGCAGCGACAGCCGGGGGACCCUCCAGCCCGAGGCAGAAGCGCAGAGGGGCCCAGCCCUGAUGCUAACUACCAGAGCAGCCUCUGCCAGGCUCUCGGUGCCCCCCUCCCCGAGGGCUCGGGCGCUUGCCACCAUCGGUUCCACCGGCUGGCACCGGUCUUGGCCCAGAGGGCAGAGCCAGGGGCAGAGGGGCCUUUGGGCCGGGAAGCGAGGCAGGGAGACGCGGGGUUCCAGAGCCCCGGUCACUUAGAACGCAACAGGGAACGAUCCCAGAGCUCCCGGGCUCCUGGUGCCCGCUCCGUCCCUUGGGCCAGGCCCUCCUGCCCCCAUGGGGGAGACUCCGAGGGGGCGCCCGCCGGGGGCUCUGCCAGGACCGGGGCACCCGGAGGUGAGGGCCUUGGGAGCCAGGCUCUCCCCACCCUUCCCCGUUCCCCGCCCCCCCGCCCUCCCCCGCAGCAGCCUUUUCCUCCUCGGACCCAGCAGCCCCGGCCUGGAGCAAAGCCAGAGAGGCCGGGCCCUCCUCGUCCAGCAGACGGUGAGGUCACCCCUGUCUGCCGGGGGGCACCGCCAGGGCCCGGACAGGAAGCCCAGCCGGGCACCUCUGACGAGCCGUGCCCCAGACAGACAGACAGACCCUCACUCUCACCCCCCCGCCCCCGGCCCCUGCCCUCCCGCCACCCCGAUAUCAAUCCAGCAAGACCACCUUGGGUCCGAGCAGCCCCAGGCCCGGGGGCCGCCGCCUCUCCGGCAGAGGUCGUUAGACGUCCUCAUUCUAGCCCCAAAGUUACAGGGCUUCCUGGCUGCGGCGGCCAAGCCCGGGAGCUCCCCCGGCCCCCACGGUUCUGGGCGUCGGAGCUGGUGGGCGCGGCCCCUCCCGGGGCUCCGACGCUGGGGGGUGUGGAGCGGGCUCACCUUCCCGCGCCCUGGUCGGGGAGCCCGGACGCCGCCGCCGCGGUCCCAGCCGAGUCUCCCAGCCCGCCCGGUUUCUCCGCCUGUAAGAUGGGGGAGAUGAUGGCACCCCUGCUGCCGCUGGGAGCUGGGAGGACCUACUAUGUGUCGAGCCUCGGGCUCCUCGCCUGUUAA